GAAAGAUUUAACUGUUGUUGAGCGUUUGUCAGCGGUUUUAAGUAUCAACAUGGCCAAGGGAAGAAGAGACACGUUCUUGCUGGUGUUGUUGUGUGGAAAUGUCGUUAUGUUACUGGCAGGAGUUGUGUUGGCGCCUGAAACCGGUGCAGGCGACAGGAAAGACCUGUCCUCCAUGCUACAGUGGCUGUGGGGACUGGUCCUGAACAUGUCGUCAGCAGUGGUGCUGGCCAUGGUGGUGAAUCUGUUACUGCUGCUCAGGUUUGUCUACACCAGGAGGAAGAACAAGCUAAAGGAACAGACUGUUUAUGUCAAUAAGGAUGUGGCUUGCUACAAAACCUCUUCUCAAGAUAUCCUGCCUCCACAUCUUAGGAUUUUCUAUGGCACUCAGACUGGGACAGCCAAGCAUUUUGCAGAGCUGCUGCAUACAGCAGCCCAGGACAGAGGGCUGACAUCUGGGGUCAAAGACCUUGCAAAGGUGACUGACCCAGAGGACACAUUCACAGAGGAGAUGGAGGCAGGAUCUGUGUGUGUCUUUAUACUGUCCACAUACACAGAUGGCCAGCCACCUGAGGGUGCAGCAUGGGUGUGUAGGUGGCUGGAGGAGUCUUCCACAGACUUCAGGGUAUCCAAGACACUUCUGGGGAAACUCAAGUAUGCAGUGUUUGGACUUGGGAGCUCAGAGUAUGGAGAUAACUUCAACAUGGCCAGCAGGAAGUUAGAACAGUGGCUGCAGACCCUGGGGGCCCAGGGGGUGUUCCCCAGGGGGGAGGGGGACCAGAACGUGGCCGGCAGCAGACAUGGCAGUCUGGAGCAGGACUUCGCCGUGUGGAGGGACGAGCUGCUGGGAGCUGUCAUGUCCUGUGAAUCACAACAAGAAGGUUGCUGUAAACAAGAAAGUACAGAGUCCUGUCAGUGUAAAGGAAAUGACAAUAGACAGGGUGAAGAUGAGGAGGUUCAGUAUGAGAGCUCCAGUGAAGACGGUAGCCUGAGUGAUGAUGAUGAUUCACUAGUGGAUGUGGAGGACCUAGGAGCUGUCAUGAAUAAGAUGAAACAAGCCAAGAAGCAGAGACAGGUGGAAGAAGAAGCAGCUAGGGGAGGACUGAGGAAGAUAACAGUUAAGAAGAAGGGAGGAGAGCCUAAGGAGAUGAUCACUCCUGCUCUUAAGAAGGCUCUAGAAAAACAAGGUUACAGGUUGAUUGGCAGCCACUCGGGUGUGAAACUAUGCCGCUGGACCAAGUCCAUGCUGCGGGGGAGGGGGGGCUGCUACAAACACACCUUCUACGGCAUCGAGAGCCACAGGUGUAUGGAGACAACCCCCAGCCUGGCAUGUGCCAACAAGUGUGUCUUCUGCUGGAGGCACCACACGAACCCUGUUGGAACUGAGUGGAGGUGGAAAAUGGACGAUCCCCAGGCUAUCCUAGAUGGAGCCAUGAAGAACCACUACAACCUCAUCAAACAGUUCAAAGGAGUACCUGGUGUGAAACCUGAGCGGCUGGCAGAGGCCAUGGAUGUGCAGCACUGUGCCCUGUCCCUGGUGGGAGAACCCAUCAUGUACCCACAGAUCAACACGUUUGUCCAACUGCUGCACAGUCACAGGAUCUCCUCCUUCCUGGUCACCAAUGCACAGUUUCCUGAUGCCAUCAGGAACAUGGACCCAGUGACCCAGCUGUAUGUAAGUGUGGAUGCCAGCACGAAGGACAGUCUGAAGAAGAUAGACAGGCCACUCUUCAGGGACUUUUGGCCCAGAUUCUUAGACAGUCUGAAAGCACUGUCUGAAAAGGGCCAGAGGACUGUGUACAGACUGACUCUGGUGAAGGCUUGGAACGUUGAUGAGAUUGAGAACUAUGCCCAGUUGGUUGAGAUUGGAAAGCCAGACUUCAUUGAAGUCAAAGGUGUCACGUAUUGUGGAGAGUCCAAGGCCAGUAAUCUGUCCAUGGCAAACAUCCCCUGGCAUGAAGAGGUCGUCAACUUUGUCCAGCAGCUUGCAGAUCAGCUGCCUGCAUACGAGAUCGCUGCUGAGCAUGAACACUCCAACUGUGUGCUGUUGGCCAAUACAAAGUUUAAGAAGGGUAGUGAGUGGUGGACAUGGAUCGACUACCAAAAGUUCCACCAGCUGAUAGCAGACUACACCGACAGUGGGGGGGACAAGAUGUUCAGUGCUGAGGACUACAUGGCCAAAACACCCAGCUGGGCUGUGUUUGGGAGCAGGGAACAAGGGUUCGAUCCCCAGGAAACCAGAUGGUACAGGAAGAACAGAAAGGACAUUUCUGGGUGUUAGCCUGCAACUUUAACAUCAGAUAUCACAGAUUCCUUUGUAAAGUAAAACCUUUCAAGCCAACAAGGCUUAGAAAUAUACUUGAGAGGAGAAAGGGUAUGAUAAUGGCAGAAAUGUAAGUGAGGGAAUUAAGGUACAACCUUUUACAUGCAGUAAAAAAAAACAUACCCAGAGAGUAUGUUCGGGUGCAGCUCUGUUCAAGCUUGCUAGAAUAGUGAAAAGGAUCAUUUCCAUUUGAGGUGUUAAACUAUUCUGAUCGUUUUCAUUGUAUUUUUUAUUUCAUAUAGGCAAGGAAAGGGUGAUAUUAUUCCUAAAGUGUAUGUUGUGCAGUAAGUAUGGCACAAACUUGUGUCUGGUGAAAGUAGAUAUGUUAUUUUUUUUUAUUUCGCGGCUCGAGAUGCAGUAUGCUAAGAUAUACUAUUCAUUUCUGAAAAGAAUGUUUAUAUAGAUAUGUACACAUGUAAUUGUGUAAUGCUGGCAAGUUGA